AGUUUGGUACCGUCCCAGCCUUUCUUACUUUCUGUGCUGCACAGCCAAAAUCCCAAAUAUACAGAUUGUUCGUUUUCAUUUAAUCUGUACCUUGUACCUGUAUCUUCGCUGCUCGAUUUCCCCACCACCGCCGUUUGAUCUCACACCAAACUGCAACUGGCAGCAACCAGUAGAUGCCGCCGCCGGAGAUGCAGAAGCGGAAGCUCGCCCGUAUCUGCGACCUCGUCUCCUCCUCCCUGCUUCUCCACCUCGAACCCGCGCCGUCGCCGCCGCGGCAGCUGACGCGGGAGGGCGAGCGGCAGCUCCUCCUCGCGCUCUCCACGGUGAACAAGACGAUACGGCGAUGGGACCAGGAGGAGGAUGAGUGGGCUUGUGAAUUGUUUCAGGAAACUCUUUCUGAUUCUGGAGAAGUUCAUAGUUGCUGCUUACUACCUGAAGCGCGUCCAUAUGAUGGAUUUGGUUGCCUGGCAAAUAUUGUCUCUAUGCUGGUUGGUUUCCUUGAUUUCUGCAGCGACUAUGUCAAACACUCAGCUGGCAACAUCCUCAUUUCCGUAUCUAGUACCCUAAUUAAGUUUGAAUCCAUUUGGAUUCAGUUCAUUGAGCUUGCCUGGGGGGCUAUACAUGCAGCAUCAAAAUGUGUUCAUAACACUUCACAUUCUACAACCGACUCCAACAGUGAUGACAGCACUAGUUCAGGCACAAGAAUCACAAGCUUCAUGACAGCACUUAGUGAGCAUCGUCUUAAUACCAGUCGGCAAACCAUGUCCAGUCUCUUUCGAGUAUUGCAUGCUAUCCUGAAGUUCCUUAAACAGAGUGACAGUGACUUGAAAGACGACUUCAUUUGUCUAUCCAUUCAUCAAAUUCAUAAGAUGCCUUGGAAUUUGUUCCAUCAAUUACAUGCUGGAGGACUUGCCAGCUGUGCCAAGGAUAGCAGAUUUAGCACCAGUAAUGAUUCAGCACAGUCUAGAAUUCUGACUGGCAGUCUUCUCCAGCUGUUGGGCUCUUUACUUGACCAAAGCUACCUGAGAGACACAGACGGACAAGAUAUGUUUGUGAAACUUGUGGAUGUAGUUCCCAAGAUAGCAUCGUUGUCCUUAGGAGGACAGCAUGAUGGAUCCAAAAGUCUUUAUCAGUACUUAAAGCACAAAAUUCUGAUGGUAAUGAUGCGGCUUAAGCCAUACAUACAGCAAGAUUGUUCGCAUAUUGUUAGUUGGCUGAAAUUGCUUCGACGUUACUUUGGAGACCUUCUUCAUCAGCCUAUCUCACAACAUAUUGCUAAACCAGAAAAUUGUUUAGAAGAUUCUCCGUUUUUAUUGGACAUGGUAGAUUUAGUCGAGAGUCAGGAUAAGUCAACUCGGCACUUGCAAAGGCAAGCUAUCUAUUUGUUCCUUAGUUGUUCCAUAUGUUUGUCUUACAACAGAAAUGAUGGUGCACUUCAGUGUUCAUGCAAGCGUGAUGAGUGUUUGUUGGGUGACAAAGUACAAGGCUGUAGUAAUCAUUGCAACUGUUUUGGCUUAUCCGAAAUUUCAGACUGGUUUCAGAAGUGUUAUCUAAAUGGGAGUAUCGACUCAAAAUCAUCAAGUUUCGCGUUAUCCUUUCUGGAAUUGUAUAUGGAGGAGGAUGACAUGCUAUUCAGCAUCCUCUUACAACUUUUAGAUGCUCCACUCGUUUUCCUAAAAAUAGCUAACUUCGAAACUAAGGAACUUGUUGGUGUAAAACUGUUCUCAAGCAUUUUUGACCCAGUUCACCUUUUCCAUCUGCUGCUUUUUCUGCUGCACUAUGAUCACAUGGUACUCGUUGAUUAUCUCAUAUCUAGGGAUGUUGGUGUGCUUUGUGCUCAGUAUCUAUUAAGGUGUUUGCGCUUGGUUUCCCAGUCUUGGCAUGCUUUUGUUGAUGAUUCAGUUUACUCAACAAAAAUAGAAAAGCUUAACUGUAAAAGGCAGAGGAUUUCUGGGGAUAAAGAUAGCGACAGAGCCAGUUCAAGUAACCAGUAUAAGAAUGGUUCUGGUUGUGAUAAAGAAGUCGAGGAUUCACGGAAGCUUUUCCUCGAUGCUAAAAAAUGUCUUUAUUUAUUAAAGAGAACAUUGGAAGAUCUGCAAAAGAAGGAUUUGUUCCCUUACAACCCCAAGCCUCUUCUUAGAAGCUUGGCCCGGUUCCAGGAGCUGGGUGAGCAGGGGUGAAAUUCGAGUUAAACCUGGUGAGGAAGCUACUAUCUGUAGAAGUUGAAGAAUGACCCUUGGGCAGAUAGUUGUAUCGAUAUAGUAGUUGGUAAAAGGGAGCUGUGAAUAUAAUAUAUAUCUCUUCUAAUUCAUGAUCUGGUCUAGGACUUUGAGUCGUCUGAAUCAUACAGAGAAAUUCCAGAUGCUGCUACCUCUUUCUUUUUUUUUUUGCAAGUUGCCUGCUACUCUGAUGCAUUGGGCCAUGCGAGGUCACCUAUCAUGCAAGACACCAUUGUUCAUUAUACAUUAAGUAGCAUCAUAUCAUGGUGGCACUUCAAUUAUACAUCAAUCAUUUUGUCC